AUGUCGGGCGCUAAUUCUGUGGUGAAUGUAUUCCAAAACUUGUUUUCAAAUCAUGGAUCAACGUUCUUGAAUAUUAUUCUGGUCGUGUCCACCAUUGGUGGCCAGUCGAUUAUUCGGAAACUGACAUUCGCUUGUCCAUGUUCGUUUCCGCUCAAUGUUUACCACUCAUUGGUGUUCAUCUACUACCGUUGUCUUCUUGCACAUAACUAUUGCCCGUUGAACACAUCACAUCACUGCGUGAAUGUCACUGUGCUCGAAUACUACAGAAGUAGCCAGGAAUUUGAAAAAAUGUCAGGAGGAGGGAGUUACUGCCCACAUUGUAUAUGCAACCUGGAUGGAUGGGAUGCGUCAAACUUGGAAGCCCAAUCGCAGAUUUAUGCUUGGAUGAUUCUACUGCUGUUUGGCGUCGGCACGUUUCUCGUGAUGUGCAUUGUUCGCAUGUGUGACAAGUACACCUAUGUUCAACGGCAGUAUGUGGAAACCUAUAAAAAUGAGGAGACCAACAAAUUUGAUGGCGUCGCA